AACACUGCGUUAUCUCGUUAGUCGUUUCGUCGAAGAAAAAAAGGGUGUAAAUUUUCAUUCGGUUGAAAAAAUACGCUGAUUUUACUAAAUACUAAUAAUUUUAAGUAAUUAUUUAGUAAUGGUAAAUACUUAUUGAUUGAACAUGUCGCUACGUAUAAGAACAAACCAUGUUGAUCGAUUGCAUAACUCGUUUUAUCCGCAGAAAACUGGUACUCGGUAUCAUCUUUAUUCUUUCGCUGACAUAUUGUUUAUAUAGUUUCGCCAAAGAUUGGGAAUACCCUGAUGCUACGUUCGGUUCGAGUAAAUCGGAUGUAUUCCCAACGCCAGAGAAGAUGAAACAGUUUGUCUGGAAUUCAGAUCAAGAUCAAAGUAUUAAAAAUGAUUCAUUAUCCGUCACAUCGUGUCGAAAUUCAGUUCAGGGCAAGUACUUAAUGGCUGACGAUCGUGGAUACUUGUGUAAGAGAAUCGAUGUCCAGGCGAACGGUUGUUGUAAUUUGACAUCUUCGUUUACCACUCGUUACUCCUGCGAUACGUGUAAUACCGAAGGCUGUUGCAGUGUUUACGAGAAUUGUAUUUCUUGUUGCUUAAAUCCGAACAAAAAACCAUUACUAGAAGACGUCUUUCACAAAGCCAACGGCGGAUUACGAGUAAUUCUAUCUUCGAUCAGCGAUCACUUCGAACUGUGUUUGGCCAAAUGUCGCACCAACUCGCUCAGCGUUUAUCACGAAAACUCGUAUAAAAAUCCUCUGAAGAAAUACUGCUACGCUGCAACACCUUCAAACUCGGUGACGAAAUCUUCUUAAAAUUAAAUGUAUUUUCAUUACCCAUGUAUACAUAUUAUACCCUCUUACCCAUUUUAUUUAAAAUGUUAACUGUGAUAAGUACUAGGAUUUUUCUCAUAAGAUAUUAUUGUACGUCUACGUAGUAUGUAAGGUGUUGUUUUUUUGAACAUUUUGUUUGUUUAUGUAUAUGAGUUUUGAAACUUGUGAUAGUUGUUGUAUUUUUGUACAUCAUUUCAUUUUUUACUAAUUGAGGUAUUUUUUACUUUCAUUUCUUGUUUUUCAUUUUAUAAUUGUAUUAUUAUUUAUUAGUUAUAACGUUGAACCAAAUUUGUUACGAUUUUAUGUUUUAAUUUACUAAUAGCUUUGGUACUUACGUCUACUUAGGUGAGGAUGUGGGAGGUGUGAGUGUUCUUACUUUUUUUUAUAGUUUGUGUUUUUCUAAUUCGAGUAUAUUACAGUAGAGUGUAGAGUGACUACGAAGACAUAUAGUGUCAAUUUUUGUAAAAAUGUAUAUAACCAUUUGAAUUAUUGUACGAUUGAUUAGAUACGUAAUAUUUUGCAAUAUCUUCGGUGCAAGCGGAAUAAAAUACUUUUUUACAA